CCUCACUCCUCUCUCUCGUUUUCUCUCUCUUAAUUCUCUUUCGUGACUGAUCUCUCUGCUAGCCCUAGCCGAUACCAAAAGUUAAAUCGCCAUGGAUAGUUCAGACGAAGAGAUUAACCAUGAAAAUGAAGGGGUUAUAAUGAAUCAGAAGAGGAAGAGAGAUAGGAAGAAGAAGGAAAGUAAGAAACAAGUAGAAAUACCAGUCUCAGAAAGUGAGGAGGAGGAGGAGGAAGAAGAAGAUCUUAUUGAUAGAAUUGAAGAACAAGAAGAAGAUGGAGACGAAGAAGAAGAGGAUACAGAUGAAGACGACGAAGAAGACGAGGAUGGAGAUGAAGAGGAAGAGGUAGAGGAAGAAGAAGAAGAAGAAGAGGCGGAUGUUGCUUUCUCUGAUUUAGGCCUCUCUGAACCUACCAUGAAUGCUGUUAGAGAUAUUGGUUUUGAAAAUAUGACUCGGGUUCAAGCUAGAGCUAUUCCACAACUUCUGAAACGAAAGAAUGUUCUUGGAAUUGCAGGGACGGGUUCUGGGAAGACCCUAGCUUUAUUGAUACCAGCCGUUGAAUUGUUGUACAAGAAAAAGUUCAGUUCGCAUAAUGGAACUGGGGUGGUUGUCAUUUGCCCGAUCAGAGAACUUGCUAUGCAGACACAUGCUGCGGCUAAGGACCUUCUCAAGUACCACACUCAGACUCUUGGGCUGGUUAUGGAUGGUGCAGCUCGAAGAGGAGAAGCAGAACGCCUUGUGAAAGGAGUAAAUCUGUUAAUUGCUACCCCUGGCAGACUUCUUGAUCAUCUUCAGAAUACCAAGGGAUUUAUUUAUAAAAAUUUGAAGUGCCUCAUAGUUGAUGAAGCUAAUCGAAUGCUGGAAGAGAACUUUGAGGAGCAAAUGAAGCAGAUUAUAAAGCUUCUUCCAAAGGAAAAGAUAAAAAAGAUUAAAAAUGGCGAAAAGAUCACUAUUUUGGUGAGAAACACAGCGCUGUUUUCCGCCACUCAGACUACGAAGGUCGAAGAUAUUGCACACUUGUUAUUUAAGUCCAUCCCGGUGUAUGUUAAUGUGGAUGAUGGCAUGUCCGAGUCCACAGUAGAAGGAUUGCAGCUAGGUUACUGCGUUGUGCCAAGUGCUAGGAGAUUCAUUCUGUUGUAUUCCUUCUUGAAAAGAAAUCUGUCCAAGAAAGUUAUGGUUUUCUUCUCUUCAUGCUGUUCUGUAAAAUAUCACUUGGAGCUUCUGAGGCACCUUCAUGUGGACUGCUUUGAUAUCCAUGGAAAACAAAACCAGCAGAAGCGUACGUCAACCUUUUCUGAUUUCUGCGAGGCAGAGAAAGGCAUCUUAUUAUGUACAGAUGUUGCUCGUGGGCUUGAUAUUCCUGCUGUGGACUGGAUCGUGCAGUAUGAUCCUCCAGAUGAGCCCAAGGAGUUCAUCCACAGGGUUGGUCGAACAGCUCAUGAUGAAAAUGCAAAUGGAAAUGCGCUUCUCUUCUUAAUACCAGAAGAGUUGCAAUUUUUACAAUUUCUAAAGGCAGCAAAAGUACCGCUGAAAGAGUACGCAUUUGAUGAAAAGAAGCUAACAAAAGUGCAAUCUCAAUUGGAGGGAGUGGUGGCCAAAAACUAUUAUCUAAAUAUGUCAGCAAAAGAAGCAUACAGAUCGUAUAUAUUGGCCUAUAAUUCACAUUCUAUGAAGGAAAUCUUCAACGUUCACAAACUCGACCUGCAGGCUGUUGCUACUUCCUUUUGCUUUUCUGGUCCACCAAAGAUAUAUCUGGCACCUGAUAGCAGUAGAUCAAAAUCUAGAAAGAAGAGUCGUAAAAAUUGAUGGCAGCUGUCAAGGGAAUGACCAUAAUUGUCCCAGUUGGAAUUUGGGAAUGACUCUGCUCAAGUUUUGGUUCAGUUUUCAUACAUGGUUUAAAAGGCUAAGAUAUGGUUUUAGCUAGUUGAUGAUUCCAGGUUUUUAUGUUGCCUGCUGCAGUUGUAUGGUUUUAAGGCUAAGACAUGAUUAAAAUUUCCGCUUAGCAAUUUUGUGACAUCUUGGGAAAAUCUCUUAUUAAUUGUCUUCUGUAAGUUUCUGUUAAUCAACGGAAAAAUCACACUUUUGACACC